GAGGAGGAGGAGAAGAAGAAGAAGAAGGAGGCCGAGGCCUGCGCCAGCGCCAGCCUCGUCAGGUGGGGGCCGCUGCUAAACCAAGUGGAGAUCCACGUUGGACACAAUAAUGAUAAUAAUCAUUCCCUUUAAUUGAAGAAGGGAAUUCUCUUCUCGUUUAAAACGCGGACAUGAAUUACGCCCGGUUCCUCACAGCAGUAAGCGCGGCAAGAAAUCCGUCGCCGAUACGACUUUUAACCCCACGAAGCCAAUAAGAAACCCCAGAACAUACACUGACACAAAGGCCUCGACUUAAGAAAGCCGAACUGAUGCAGAAAUCUCCACCGUCCCUCAUCUCCCUGGCCGGAGGCGCCCCCAACCCUAACACGUUUCCAUUUAAGACCGCCACCAUCACCGUGGAAGACGGAACGGCCGUCGAGUUCGGGGAAGAUGCGAUGAAGAGAGCCCUCCAGUACUCGGCCUCGUCGGGGGUUCCGGAGCUGUUGUCCUGGCUGAAAAAGUUCCAGACGAAUCUUCAUCAUCCACCCACUGCUCGGUAUGGUCCAGACGAAGGACAGAUGGAGAUCUGUGUCACCACAGGCAGCCAGGAAGGACUUUGCAAAGUGUUCGAGAUGCUUAUUGAUCCCGGCGAUAACAUCCUCCUAGACGCCCCCGCGUACCCUGGAACACUUUCAGCUCUGAGACCGCUGGGCUGUAACAUCAUCAGCGUUCCCAGCGACCAACAGGGAAUCAUUCCGGAUGCCCUCAGAGCGACUCUCUCCAAGUGGAGACCGGAAGAUGCACGGAAAUCCAACGGCAAGAACCCCAAAUUUCUGUACACCGUCCCCAAUGGCGGCAACCCUACUGGAACCUCGUUAACGGCGGAACGGAAAAAGGCAAUAUAUGAGCUGGCGAGAAAAUAUGAUUUUCUGAUAAUAGAAGAUGACCCGUACUAUUUUCUCCAGUUCAGCAAGCCGUGGGCGCCCACGUUUCUUUCCAUGGACGUCGACGGUCGAGUCAUCAGAACCGACUCUUUCUCUAAAAUUCUCUCCUCCGGGUUGAGAAUAGGCUUUAUGACAGGUCCAAAACCCCUAAUCGACAGAGUCGUUCUCCACAUCCAAGUGUCCACAAUGCACACCAGCACGUUCGCCCAGCUUCUAAUAGCCCGGCUUCUGCAGCAGUGGGGAGAAGAGGGCUUCCUGGAACAUGUAGACAGGGUGAUGGCAUUCUAUAGAAAGCAGCGGGAUGCCAUGCUGGCUUCUGCAGACAAGUGGCUAAAAGGUUUGGCAGAGUGGCAUUCUCCUGCAGCCGGGAUGUUCUUGUGGAUUAAAAUUAAAGGUGUGUCUGACACACAACAGCUCAUCAUGGAAAAGGCAUUGAAAAAAGAGGUGCUACUAGUUCCCGGGGGUGCAUUCAACGUCGAUAGUUCAGAUCCUAGUUCCUAUGUCCGCGCUUCCUUCUCUCUCUCCUCUCCGGAGCAGAUGGACUUGGCUUUUCAGAGGCUCGCUGAACUUAUUAAAGAAGCCGUGUGAAGAAACGAAAAUAGAAGAUCGGUCCAAUUUAUGCCUUUUCGGAGAUAUCGGCUUUCGUGCUUUAUAAGGGCGGAGUCAGACUUCACGGCAAUACGGUGUUUAAUCAUGGAUGUUACUCAUCGAAAGGCCCUGAAAGUGAUUGCCAGAUCUUCAAUUAAAACUGCAAUUUUUCAGUCUUUUUGUAUUUUAAA